ACCUCCCUGUGAUUACAUGGCAUUCAGACGAAAACUGGAUGGUGCAUCGUGAGGUUCUACAUCUAUACAGUGGUUCGGUUUUCUUCUGCCCUAGACGAUUUAGUGAAAUUAGCAAUAAAAUGACGCACAUCCUAGAAUUGGUGUCUCUAGUCGUAGCCGUUAGUUUAGUUUACAAUGUAGAUCCAACUCAAGCCGCCAGGAACAACAAAUUUGUCACAUGUGGCACGGUCCUCAAGCUGUUGAACACGGAUUACCGGGUGAGGUUGCAUUCGCACGAUGUAAAAUAUGGAACGGGGUCCGGACAGCAAUCGGUUACUGCCACUGAAGUGCAAGAGGAUGUCAACAGUCACUGGGCGAUCAUGGCAGCGACCGGAAAGAACUGUGAACGAGGAGAGCCAAUCAAAUGCGGUGAUGUCAUUCGGUUGCACCAUUUGGCGACGAACAAAAACCUACAUUCGCACCACUUCCAGAGUCCAUUGUCCGGAAACCAGGAAAUUUCCGCCUACGGUGACGAACAAGGAGUUGGCGACUCAGGCGAUCACUGGACGGUCGUUUGCACCGGUGAAUCAUGGCAACGGAACAGUCCGGUAAAGCUGCGACACGUGGACACCGAUAUGUAUCUGUCCGUGUCGGGUCGAACAUUUGGUCGCCCAAUCAACGGCCAGAUGGAGGUGGUCGGAGUUUCGAGCCCAUAUUCCGGAACGGAUUGGACCGCUGCCGAAGGUCUGUUUAUCCAUCAAACGGAAAAGGAUGAUGGCCCGAAACAUACCGAGCUGUAAGUGAGUGAAAUAUGAGGCUCGAAGGACGGUGCAAAGCACAGUGAGACGAAUGUGAGUGUGUGCGCGUGGUUGUUGUGUGGGACGAGUGGGUGGAUUUCUUCGCGUCGGAGAAGUAAGACUUUGAAACCAAAUGGGGAACGGUUGCGAAAAGCCAGGACAUAGAAAUAGCAAAUUGGCGUGCUGUGUAUCAACGAUGUGACGAAUUCUCGGAAGGGUCUGCAUUCCAGGAGUUUGCACCUUCGCUGCUUUUAAGAUACAUAGGAUCAAAUAAAUUCGACAUUUCUAUAGAAUAAA